UGGGGAAGCCUGGAAGAACACAAACACAACGGACUCGCGCAGGGGCAAGAGAAGCGAGGAGAAAGUGACAUCUAUAUCAUUUCGUGCGCUCAGUAUGAAUUUUACUUGAUGAAUUUGAUUAUACACGAGCAACUGAACACGACAAAGUGCAAUUAUGAGCGUGCACUCACUAAAGAGAGCUUACAAGGUUUACUUCACACGUGCUUUAUGAAAAAGCGCUGUAUUAUUUGAUUCUGAUACUGAAAUAGGAAAGUUGAAAGAUGGGAUCGAAGUUGACCAGGCAAAGUAGUUUGGACAGCCAGGCGACUUUCUUUCGGAGGGGUCGACAGCAUCAUGAACGGGAUGUGGAGAAGAGGAGUGGAGGAAGAGGAGAGUUUUUAUUCGGUUCUCUCAUGCUCAAGUCCGACAAGCUUCCCGGAAUGCUGCGCAGAUCCAGCCCCAGCCCGUAUGUCCGGAGAGUGGCUUGGGUUCGGGAGAUCCAAACCCUGCUGAAGGAGCAAAAGUUGGAGCAAGCCAUCGAUGUGUUGAAACUGCUUAGAAAGGACCUGGGUCUUGAAGGAACAUCUCUCAACGACAUCCUCUACAAGAACGCUGCCUUCCUCAACCUAGUAGAUCCAAUUUCCCAUGAGCUUUUGCUCAAUUUGGCCCGAGACAUGCAGUGUCCUAAGAGGGAGUCUGAUGCUCUCAAGUCCUCUGAGAAGAUCUGCAGGCAGCUGAUCUAUCACCUGACCCCUCACUCCAAGUGGAGCAGACAGAACGUGCCCAGGAAGAAGUCUCAAGCCUGUUUAAAAACUACACUGAAAAAGAAAUUAACAAACGAUACCGUGGAUCUGUCUGGUAUCCCCCUUUCUGGCCGUGAUCUACAUCGUGUGGCAUACUACCUUCAGAACAAUGGUUCAUCUGUGACGGCAGUGGACAUCAGCUUCACAGAGCUCCAAGAUGAGUGCUUGCGACUUCUUUUACCAUUCUUAGGAGUGCUACCCAAACUCACCACCCUUGCAAUCAAUGGUAACCGGCUGACUGUAGCUAUCCUUAAAGACCUGAUAGAGGUGGUUAAGGACCCCAAAAAGUUUCCCAGUUUGGCCUGGGUGGACCUGGGCAAUAAUGUGGACAUCUUUACUGUGCCUCAGCCGCUGCUGGUUGCCCUACGCAGACGCUUUGGAAUGAGAAGCAGCCUACCUACCAUCUACGAAUACAGUGAGGGUCAAGGCAGCAGCAGCUACUGCCUAGAGACUUCUACUGAGGAAAUCAGUGUGUUUGAGGAGGAAGAGGAGGACGAAGAGGAUGAGCUGGAAGACCAUCUGGUGCUGGAGCCCUGGAGUGUAGAAGAGAAAAAUACAUUGCAUUACUGUGAAAGGUGAUGGACUCUGCUGUUCCUUGUGGUUUGAUAUUGUUCUUUUGUUAUUCUAACACUCCAAAUAAAGGUCCAGUGUAUCAACACUGUAAAAGCAUUAAGCACCCCUUUGCCACAAAACCUAAAUGGAAUUCCAUGAGACAAAAUGGUUAUGUAAAGACAAGUAGGUGCCUGAAGGUGGGAUUUUGAAAGAAUGAAGGGGGGAAGAAAGAUCAGGACCUGUUCCUCACUCCCCCAUCUUUAUUCUUUAGUCCAGUUGCUGCCGAAAGCAGCAGUGAAUCUGUUGUUAGCAAUUUUAAAAUUAAAUUUUGGGUCAAAUACUAACUGACCACAUAUAAAAUAACAGAACGAGACAAAUUUGUAAGACAUAAAACAAGUACCACAAGCCCGUCUUUGCCACCCACAUCAGCAACUUUCAGGCUUCUGAUGUGAAACUUUCACAUUUGGCUUGUGACAGAUACGGCCAAAUGCUCCCCUCUGAGAAAGCUUUUGUCCAGGGUAGAUUCGCCUCAAUUAGAGGAGCGCAGAGAGCGAGGGGAGGUGAGAGAAGAGAGAAAAGAGGCUGCUGGAGUGUCUGCGGGCUAGAAGGGAUACUGAUGUCUGUGUGUAUGCGUGUGCACGUCUGUGUGAUGUUUUUUUGUGGAGGCUUAUGAUGCAAAUGUAGCUUUAGCCAGAGCUCAUUAAACAGGACACACAGGCAGCCGAGAGACUAACAAUGCCACACUACCGACAUGAUUAUUUUUCAUUAAAUCGCAUCCAGUUUGCAACAUUAUAAGAUGCAUAAACACCUGGCAGUGUUUCAACAGUGCAAAAACCAUGUUUGUAUGGUCACAGCGAAAUUGAUUUCAAUGUUUUUAUAGGAAAAACACGUUUGAUUCAUGUAAGUGUUUUGUAUUUUUUAAACGAAUUUGAUGUAACAGAUUUCAUUUAUUAAUUAUUAAUGCUAGAGUGUUUGACAGUAAAUCUGACCUUUUGUGUUAUUUUAUGAUGCCCUUUGAUCCACGGGUGGUUUUUCCUUUACAGACGUGUGUCUGAUUUGCACUUUACAUGACAGGCUUUUUUAGUUACUGUAGUUGGCUGGUCAUCUCCAUCUUUUUGUUUUUCUUUGUAGUUCAAAGAUAAUGUGUUCAGUUCUAGUAUAAAUGUGUGACUCUAAUUGCUUCGAGCACCCGGAUGUUCUUUUCCUAUCUGUUUUAUAAUAAACACUAAUGAAUGAUUGUUCUUGCUGUGUGAAAUAAACUGUUUGUAAAAAGACUGGACAUCAUUGUGAUUAUGAGAUGACAGCUCCUUUUUUAAGUGGCUGCAUUUGACAAUGUGCUUUCAAGUUUUUAUUUUUUACCUGCCAGAUGUGUUUUUCUCUAAUUUGUUUCCCAGAAUUCGUGUACAGUAAUUAAUUCCAGGAGUCAGCAGUGCUGUCACUAAGUACUGGGAUGUAUAAUUAAACUUUCUAACUUGAUGA